AUGCGGCUGUCGGUGCUUCUCUCUCCUCCCUUAAUCGUAUUACUGAGUUCAUUAGCGUCUACUGAGAAAUUGGUUUGUGAGAUUGGCCAUACAGUCGGAUACAGUUACUAUCGUCAUGGACAAAAGGCAAGCAGAUCAACCACCGCAUGUUUCGUCGCAUGGCGUUUUGGUGAAGAUGCUUGUCGUUAUACUCGAAGAUAUGAUUCAAGCGACGCAUUUGCUGCUCGUCUAAAAAUUCCUGGGGUGCCAGACAUGCAGGGGUGUUGGAUAACCAAUCAAACUUUAGUCUGUUUAUGUUUCGUGAACAAUUGUAAUAAUUUCUUGAAUUGGAAGUAUUUUCUUUUAAAUGAGCUCAACCAUAAGAGUGUGCGAAAACUCCAGAAAAUCAUCGCUGUCCAUGAGGAGAUAUUUGGAAAAAACUUAGAAUUAGUCCCGCUGUAUGCACAUGAUCAGAUAAAGGAACGAUUGGCAUGUGUCUUAAAACGAUAUCUUGAGACGGAAAUGGAUCCUCCCACGUUGGAAACUUUGCCACAUUUUUCAGAAAUUCCAAUUUGGUACCAUUGGGAAAUCGUAAUUCCCGGCUUACUGCUCAUGCUCAUUAUAAAAGUGCUCGCUGCGUGCUACUAUUAUCACCUAUGGAAAAAGUACCGUUCAAGAACUUAUCCAAUAUUGAAUAGUUAA